AUGCCCUACCUGCAGGGCCCGCAAAUUGAAGAAGAUAAUGCCAAGUCAAAGGAGAGACAAAAGAGGUAUAGAGAAAGAUUAAAAGGCAGAGGAAUGCAACCUAAGAAAGUGGACAAAGGUUCAAAAGUCCUUACUCUUGAUCAAUUAAUGCAUGUUGAGAAUUGGCCCCUUGUCCAUUUCUUUACGGAGAAAAAGGGGAAAGGAAAACUAUGGGUGCAGAACACUAUAUUAAACAAUGUUCUGCCAUCUGAUGUCGAAAAAAUCCUUUCAGCACCUUCACUGGAGAUGGUUGGGUCAAGGUUCUAUUAUAAAUUUGAAGAAGAACAGUACUCUUUUCUUGUACCAUUCUUGACCAAAAACAUGUUUAUUACUUAUUUUUAUAUUAUACUUCACGAUGAUUUAUCCGAUCUGUACUUACCUAUGUGCUACGUCAAUAUCGGCGUUUUCUAUUUCAAUGUCCAGGUCCGAUUUGAGGAAACCGUGGAUCUUUCGGCACGUCUUUUCUAUAUCUUCAUCUUGAAAAACCGAAACCCACCAGAUGGUGGGGCUAUUCAAAUCGUCUUGCGUCCGUCCGACAAUUCUUGUUAUAGCUAUUUCUCAGAAGGAAACGGUGGACCAAUCGAAAAAGAGGAAAAUAGACGAAACCCAGACGAGACCAAGUUACACAAGACAGAAGCACGGGAAAAACACAGACCUCGCACAGGACACGUGUACAGAAACAAACAACAAGCCAAAUACGUCACAGGACUACUGAGGCGCUGGACGGGUGAGUUGACUGGGGUGGACAUCAAAGACCACGCGGCGUGGUUAUGCAAGCUAACAGUGACGGUGAGUUACCUUUUUAGUGAUUUUUCGGUAUGGCUAAUUGUGGCAGUUACAGUGGAGCGUUAUAUUGCCGUAUGCCAUCCCCUUCAGGCUACUGUCCUGUGUAGCGUCCAAAAGGCUCGGAGAGUCAGUGUUGUCAUGUUUCUCACCAUUCUUGCCAUUAAUGUCCACUUUAUGUGGACCGUGGAUCUGUCCAUAACCAAAACCAACGGCUCGGACAUUGCUACGUGCGAGGCAAAUGAGCGGUACACAUACGCCCUAACGGAAGUUUGGCCCUGGGUGGAUGCCGCUAUCUACUCAUUUGUACCAUGUUUUAUACUGGCCAUUCUCAACUUCCUCAUCAUCAGGCAGGUACUAUUGGCACGACGAUUCCGGUGUCAGCUACAAAAUUGUAAAUCAGGAAGGAAUAAUCAAUUACAGAAAAAGUUACCUACAGAGGGUAGUAUCAAAUUAACGCUGAUGUUAUUGGCUGUAUCGUUCACAUUCAUGGUAACGACUUUACCAAACAACGUAUCUCUGAUAGUGACCGCUUUAAUGGAUAAUCAGUUAAACACACUACAACAGAUAGCCCGAUUCGCUCUCGCUAAAACUAUCACAGAACUGCUGAUGUACACAAAUCAUUCAAUAAAUUUUUUUCUUUAUUGUGCCACAGGGAAAAAAUUCAGAAGAAACAUCGAAAAACUAAUAUGUAAAGUGAAGGAAUACCGGCGGUCGUUUGACCACAACAGUAGUCCGAACAGCAUGUUGAUGUCCCGUGUGAGUUUCAGUGGUAACCCGCGUAUGAACCUCCUUAACUCAAACACCCACGGGGUAGGUAGUCGCAAGGCGACAGAACUGUAA